CCCCAUUUUCUCUGGUUCUACCCAAAAGGAAUCGAAUAAAGAAUCAGUUCUUUUGUUAAAAAAAUCUGCAGCAAGCCAACAAGGGCUAAGCCCGAGGGAGUUGAAAUGAAUGAAAAAUCAUGGCUUUGUACAGCUUUUACACAGCUAACUCUCUGCAUUGCAUUUUACGUUGUUCUUAAUAUAGGUCAGCCCCAGAACCAUACUUAUGGGAACAGCAAAAAUGGAGGUAGAAAAAUUGAUAUGUACUUCAUUACUGUUGCUGGAGGAUCUAGACCACUUGAACAACAAACCCUUUUACUUAAACAGGUGGAGAAGGCGGUGACAUCCUACAAGGCUCGGUUCAUAGUCAACAUUUGUGAACUUGGGGAAUCCGAUCCACUCCUGCAGAAUGUAAGAUCGGCUACGCAAUACCUUGAGUUGCAGAAGAUACCAUGGUACACUACUAGAUCAUUGAAAGGAGAAGGAGCAAAUUAUUUCCACAAGAAGAUCGAAAUUCCUUAUGGACAAACACUAGAUAUCAUAGCUGUGGAUACUGGGCUACUCCAGGAUUCUUCAAGUGUCACUGAAAAUGAGCAGCUUCAGUGGUUAACGACAACCCUCAAAGAAAGCAGCAGUGACUGGAAAAUUGUUUAUGGAUUCCACCAGUUGGUGACCUCUGAAGAGAAUGUACAGAAAAUAAAACCAAUUUUUGAACAAUUAUAUAGUUUAUUUCUUAAUUAUGGAGUGAAUGCAUAUUGGAGCUGGCGGGCCGAUACUGGCAAUGUUCAAGGAGGUACCAUGCAGUUGCGUAAUUCAGAUCCAAUGGAUAAACGUCAUUAUCUUACUGCUGUUAAUCAAAAUUUAGUACACGACAAGGAAAGGGUGAAUGAAUUCCUUCUUCAUCGGGUUAGUCCACUGGAAAUUGUCACUUAUGUAGUUAAGUCGACAGGGGAGGUUGUGCAAAAUUCAGUGCUUCAACAAAUAGGCAAGGGGGUGAUGUAAUUUACAAAGAGACCUUGUUCUUAAUUCCCAAAUUUAUAUAUUUUUUGAUUCAUUUAUGUACCCAUUGGCAUUUUUUGGUUCUUGGAUGAAUGUAUACUACACAUGAUUGAAAUGGAACAAAGGAGUGAUUCUUAGUGUAGAUUUGAACACUUAUCAAAGAUUCUUUGAAUUUCAUUAGAAAAGGCAACAUCUGAAGUUGAAAAACCAGAAACA